AGGAAAAUAUAAGCCACCCUCCCAACCCACUAUAUUGUUCAAGUCAGCCCAAUAAAGAAUGAUGCCCGUACCCGGCACAGCACCUCAUCAUCCUUGAUGCAUGUGCCGAACCCCUCGAUCUAUUGUACCAUAACUGCAUAACUGCGCCGCUAGAUGCUACCGAGCGGUCCCCUAGAAAGGAAGAGCGUAGGAUAUACAAUAUUUCCUAAACAAGGAGUCGUUAAAAGCGUUGCAAUUGCACACCGAAAUGUUAGAGGUUGUUCUCCUGCCUCUCGCUAUCGCUCCCCCUUUUUUUCAACUCCUAUCUUUCCUUACUCGUAUUCCUAGAGUAAAGGAGUAAGCGAUAUCCAGAUAUAUACACCAAGUACAAGCCGAGACAAGAUGGCAGCGACAAUUCUUAUCACGGGGUCUACUGGCCUGAUCGGUUUUCGCAUCCUUCUUGCCGCUCUCGCCGCCGGCCACAAUGUGCGUUAUACGGUUAGAUCGGAAGAUAAAGCCAAGGUAGUCUCUUCAAACCCUGCUGUUCAGAGACUCGCGCCUGGCGAACGCCUCUCUCCGGUCAUCAUACCCGACUUCACUGUCGAAGGCGCCUUUGAUUCAGCCCUGCAAGGUGUCACACACAUCAUCCACGCCGGCUCACCCGUGCCCCUGCCGAACUACGAGCCCACAACGGAGAUAUUCCAACCCACGAUAAAAAUAUCUUCGGGCUUGCUCUCAUCCGCGCUUAAAACACCCAGCGUGAAGCGCCUCAUCAUAACUUCAUCCAUUGUCGCAAAUCUCGGCGCCGUGCCGCCCCCCACCGCCGUCUCGGCGAAAACGCGCGUUCCGCUACCUGACCCCGUUCCCGCUACUUUCGACAACGUCUUUGAUGCGUACGUGCUGGGCAAGAUAGUCGAGCUACAUAACUCGGAUGAGUUCGUCAAGACGCACAGUCCUCAUUUUACCGUAUCCCAUGUGGUGCCCGGAUACGUCUUCGGCCACAACGAGCUCGCCCUCGACGCCACUAUGAUGCAGACGCAGAAUAGCUCCAACAACUUCCUGAUGGUGGGCAUGGUGGGCGGGGAGCUGCCAUUCCCGAUCCACGGCGGCUUCGCGCACAUCGACGACGUGGCGGACGCCCAUCUACGCGUGGCAUUCCUCGACCCACAAUCGGAUGGACCUAAGGACUUUGGUAUUGCGACGAAGGUAGACUACGGAACAAUAUUCGAUCACGUCGCUAAGGCAUUCCCCAAGGCUGUUGCAGAGGGGGUCUUCAAGAGGGGUACGGUCCCGACGUUGCCUGUUGAGUAUGACUCCAGCGAUGUAGAGAAGCUGCUAGGCGAGAAGUUGAGAACAUUUGAGAGUGCGGUGGUCGACGUCGCUGCCCAAUAUCUUGAGACGCUGGGUAAGGAAAAGGCAUGAUGCGCGGGAUUAUGACCCGGGUGGAAGAACGAUGGAGCGCAGGCUAAACAUGGCUGACGUUCGACCGGGCUUAAAUACAAUGUAAAGGAUAUUUAGAAAUAUAAACACUCUUGAAUUACACCAUACUAGCGUCUAGUAUUUAUUCUCGUAGGGAGAAACCCCGAACUUCCAAUAAGCCAGACAGGUA